AUGCCUCUGUGCAACGGGAGCGCACCGCUCGACUUCUCUGAGUCCUGCGUACGCUUGACAUGGGCUGCUCUCUUCCCUGCUAUCGUCGCUGCUCUCCUCUGCUUAACAUUCAUCCCUCUCCCCGCCUUCGCCAAGGAGUACGCAUAUAGCACCUCCAAUCCAUUUGCACGUUUCAUCACCCUUCCCGAGGCUGAGGCUCUCGCCGCAGGGACCUCAUCCGCACCUCAGGCUCAAGCAAGCAACACCAACUCAGAUGCAGUUGGCGUGACGACUCCUUCAGGGGCUUCCCUUUGGCGCACACUGGUUCUUUCCCUGUUUGCUACCCUCGAAGCUCUGGCAUGGCUUGCCAUCGCAUCCAUACUUAUAAUCCCCACCGGCCCUUCGCGCGACGACGUUUACACCAACGUCUUGAUCGUCCUCCUUGCAUCUUCAUGGGUGUAUGCGGCUGUCGUGCCCGUGGCGCGUCCUUGCGCAACAGUGCACUACGACCUCUUCAUACUUUACCUCGUGCAAUUCGCGGGUGGUAUCAUCCUUCUCGGUGGCACUGUCUACGAACACAAGAUACGCCAUGUCCCGUUGCCUUUGCCUUGCGGACUUGCGGUUAUGGUUGCCAACGUGAUAGUGGUACUGUUGCUGCUGUUAACUGUGGUGACGAUGCCGAUGGGGAUACCGAGGGCAGCGGUCAAGCCAGAAGACUUGGGGUCGAAGGUGUCCACGGAGGACUACAUCACUCUUCUUGGUAGAAUAAGCUUCUCGUGGGUGUUCCAGUUGAUAAGAAAGGGGUCUAAAUCAACGUUGUAUGAAGAUGAUGUCUGGGACCUCAGCCCGACAGUACAGUCACGCCCAGUCUUUUCCCGCUUUGACGAUCUUUCCCAAAAGUCUUUGCUUCGCCAUCUCUGGCAAGCGAACUCGUUGGAUAUCAUCAUUGACUUCAUAGGAGCAACCAUCAAGAUCACCCUCAAGUACGCGUCUCCGUUUUUCCUCAAGCGAAUCCUAGACGCCGUAGCAGACCCGACCCCGGAAAACCGCGCCCGGGCGUUCGUCUACGCUCUUCUGGCGUUCACAUGCACACUUUUGAAGGGCCAGGCUGAAGCACAACACCUUCGGGUCAGCCUACGUGCCGCGACGCGCAUCCGCGUGGAGCUCAUGGCCGCCGUAUAUAACAAGGCGCUCAAGCGCGCGGAUUAUUCUGGUAUUGUCGACAAGUCAAAGCUGCAAAAGGAUAGCGCGGACGGAAGCAAGAAGGGAGCGGAAAAGGAUGGGGAUGAGCCGACGGCGGGGGCAGACGUGGGCAAGAUUGUGAAUCUUAUGGCUGUUGAUGCGAAUAAGGUUUCAAUGAUGGUGUCUUUAUUGUGCAUGUUCUACGGAGCGCCCAUCGAGAUCGCCAUCGCGAGCAUCUUCUUGUACAACGUUCUCGGCUGGUCCACCUUCGCUGGCUUCUUAGUCCUUGUCCUCAUCUGGCCGCUGAGUUCGUUCGCUGCCAAGCGGCGCGUGCGCAUCCAGAAAGGCGUCUCCGCGUCGCGCGACCGGCGCAUGGGCAUCCUCAACGAGCUCCUUGGCGCCGUAAAGUUUAUCAAGUUCUUCGCGUGGGAGGAACGGUGGAUCGACAAGACGAUGCAGGCGAGGGGAGAGGAGAUCGGAUGGAUUGUGAAAGCGCAGUUCAAUUCGGCGAUCUUCUCGAUGGUCUGGCUAUGUGCGCCGUUUUUCGUUUCGUUCGUUUCGUUCACGGUGUAUGUGUCGCUGGGAAAUGAGUUGACGGUCUCAACUGCGUUCGCGGCCAUCGCGUUGUUCGGCCUGAUUCGUGUUCCCAUGACCUCUCUGCCGAACUUUGCCGUUCAGUUCCUACAGACCCUCGUCGCCAUUCGCCGCCUAGAGACGUACCUCAAUGAAGAGGAGGUAUCUUCCCAGGUCUCUUCUCUCAAGCAAACAGAAGAGUCUCUCGCCGCCGAGAGCGUCAUAGAGGGCCUCGCCAUUGAGAACGGCUCGUUCAAGUGGAAUGCGGUUCCCGACAAGCCCGAGGAGGACUCAACCAGCAAGAAUGCUAAGAAUGGCAAGAAAAGGAAGCACGGAAAGGACGUAUCGAGGGACACAAUCUCGACUAUGUCUAGUCAGCCAUCUACGAGCGAUGCGGAGUCGAUGACGCUCGCGGACUCGGGGUCGGCGAAGGGCGCGAGUACCAGCGGAGUCGAGGACCGCCGGUUUGAGCUUCAAGAUAUCAGCGUACGCUUUCCCGAGGGCCAGCUGAGCGUUAUAACUGGGCCGACGGCGAGCGGGAAGACGGCGUUGCUUAUGGCCCUCCUCGGCGAGAUGACGCUCACCCAGGGUAAACUGCUCAUGGCGAAGAACACCCGGCGCGUUGACGAGCACGGGUACAUGCACUCGUUCUCGUACGCUGCGCAGAUGCCGUGGCUCCGGCACCAGUCGAUUAAGGACAACAUUCUGUUUGGGUACCCUUACGACGAGGAGCGGUACAACGACGUCGUCGAGUGCUGUGCGCUCAAGCCGGAUUUGGAUAUUUUGGAGGACGGGGAUGCGACGGAGAUUGGGGCGAGGGGUGUGAGCUUGAGUGGAGGGCAAAAGGCUCGUGUCGCCCUGGCAAGAGCGGUGUAUGCACGGACAAAAUACGUGCUCCUGGAUGACCCUCUGAGUGCAGUGGAUAGCCACACCGCACGUUUCCUGUAUGAGAGGCUCUUAUGUGGGCCGCUAUUGGCUUAUCGCACUGUUAUCCUUGUCACACAUCAUGUCGAACUUGUCCUGCCAGGAACCCACUACCUCAUCCGCAUGCUCAACGGUAGAAUUGACACACAGGGCACUACAAAGGAGUUACGUGCACAGGGUGUUCUACAGGAGAUCGCGAAAGACUCCGCCGUCGAGCUCAAGGAAGAAGGUCAUCUUGUAGCUUCAGAUGGUCCUGCCGAGUCACCUGCAGACGCUGCGACUGAGGUAGGGCAGGACCCCAAUGAUUCCGGUAGGAAACCGAGGAAACUCGUCAAGGAUGAGCAUCGCGAGGAAGGCGUCGUCAAGCGGGCGACAUACAAGGUUUACAUGAAGGCUUCGUCGUACUGGACCUGGAUCAUAGUGUGCACCUCGAUCGUCGUUUGGCAGGCCAUCAGUGUUGCGGAGAAGUUGUGGAUCCGCGAGUGGGGUACGGCCUACGGUACCCAUGUGUCCCAGUCCGCUUCGUACGGCCAUGUAUCCAUGGCGCUGGUUGACAACGAGGCUGCGUACAGCGAGCUCGUUUUCUACGCACACCAGCUUGGCCAGAACAGUCCCCAUCAUGUUCAUGCCCAAACUUCUCCCGUUGGAGUACAGGUUCUUCCAGAUGCACACAUCCACCCGCUCUUCUACGUCGGAGUUUAUGGUCUCAUCGGGCUCUCCUCAGCACUCGCCUUGGUCAUCACCAUACUGGUGCAAUUCACCGGGGCCCGGCGCGCCUCGCGCCUCCUGUUCCGGCAGCUGCUCGAGCGCGUCGUGCACGCGACGAUGCGCUGGCACGAUGUCACGCCCACAGGACGAAUGCUCAACCGGUUUGGCAAGGACUUCGAGAAGAUCGACGACAGUGUUGCCGUCUCGCUCACCUCGAUGACUAUAUGGCUCGUGACGUUCGUUGCGGCCAUUAUCACCAUUGCAGUGUUUUUCCCGAUCUUCCUUGUCCCUGCUGCGAUGCUCGGGUAUUUUUAUUAUAUGAUUGCGAUGGGAUAUGUGAGCACGGCGAGGGACCUGAGGAGGAUGGAGAACAAUUCGUGGAGUCCGAUUUUCUCGGGCUUUGGGGAGCUGCUGGAGGGGAUCGUCACGGUGCGCGCGUUUUCGGUCGAGGGGCGGUUUAUGGAUGGGUUGCAUGUGAAGAUCGACGCCGCUACUAAGUUGUGGUACAUGUUUUGGAUGUCGAAUCGCUGGCUGCUGCUCUACCUCGACUAUCUCGGCUCCCUGGCAGUCCUGAUAACAACGCUCUUCACGCUCUCGGGCUGGGUGGACGCUGGUAUCGCCGGCGUGUGCAUCACGAGCGCAAUGACGUUUACGGAUAGCGUCUUUUCGGCGUGUCGGUGCUGGGCUGAUCUUGAGCUUGACCUCAGCUCUGUGGAACGUCUCGUCGAGUAUCUUGACCUUCCCCAGGAGCCUCCUGCCGUUGUCGAGACGAGCCGUCCUCCGGCGUACUGGCCCUCGAACACCGGAUCGACAGAUCUCAUCUCGGUGGAGGAUCUUGUCGUCAAGUAUGCACCUGAAUUGCCACCCGUCCUGCGGGGAGUUUCGUUCUCUCUCAAACCAAGGGAGCGAGUCGGGCUGCUUGGGCGCACUGGUAGCGGAAAGUCUACACUUGCCAUGAGUAUCUUGCGUUUCGUCGAUCCUGCUAGUGGGCGUAUCGUCAUAGACGGCAUCGAUAUUUCGAAGAUUGGUAUUCAUGACCUCCGUUCGCGUAUAACGUUCAUCCCUCAGGAUGCCGCCCUCUUUUCUGGGACCCUUAGGGAGAAUCUAGACCCGUUCAAUGAACACGAAGACAUUGAAUGCCUCGACGUUCUCUACCGCGUCCGGAUGAUCUCAGAGAGCGCUUACCAGUCCCAACGAACAUCCCAAAUGCCCUCUCGCGCGUCGACUUCCCAGAGCGCUCCACCAGACUACGCCGCUUCCACCGUCGUCUCCACGUCUUCGACCGAGCUAGACACCAAAACGAAGAUAUCGCUGGACACCCAAGUUUCAGCGGGUGGAACAAACUUCUCACAGGGCCAGCGGCAGCUAAUCGCUAUGGCGCGCGCCUUACUGCGCAGGAGCUCGAUCAUCGUACUCGAUGAAGCUACGAGCAGCAUCGACUUUGAGACGGACGCGAAGAUCCAAGCGACGAUCCGCGAGGAGUUUACGGACUCGCUGCUGCUCACUGUGGCGCACCGCCUGCGUACAAUUAUUGACUAUGACCGGCUGGUUGUGCUCGAUAAUGGCGAGAUCGCCGAGUUCGACACGCCAUUGAAUUUGAUACAGAAGGAAAACGGGAUCUUUAGGACGAUGUGCCUUAAGAGCGGGACGUUUGCCGAGCUGGAGGCGGCUGCAAAGGCUAAGGUUGAGCGAGAACAGAACGCUAGUCGGGCUUGA